AUGUCUGACCGUACCUUGCUUGAGAGGCUUGAGAAGCUUUGCAAUGUCGACGUCGACGACGUUGAUACUGCGCUUAUCACUUCUUUACCGUUCAAACCUCACAAUCUUACCUCAAAUCAACAAGUGAUCUGCAACACGAUGCUUGCGGACUCAAACCGCGAGUUGCUUGCAAGAAUGGCAGAAAUGUACGGCAAUGAAGGUUGGGAGGCUGUAUUUGACAGAAUGGCAGUACAACUCGUCAAUAAUAACCUUGAACACAUAAAGGGCCGCGUUCUGCUACAGAUUUCCCCUCGGCAUAUUAACAAUAAAGAUGCCAUAAUCCAGCACUGCCACCGACUUGCGAAGUGCUUCCAGGAAGCAAGCAUUCCGAAUGACCGAUUCGCCAUCAAGCUUCCAUUCACAGGUGCUGCUGCGUGCGCUGCGGCGGAACUAAACCGUGAUGGAAUUAGAACUCUUGCGACGUCGGUUUUUGGGCUGGAGCAAGCCAUCGCUGCGAGUCAAUCGGGCUGUCUGUUCAUCAGCCCGUACUAUAACGAGAUCGCUGCAUACUCGGACUUAUCAUUGUGGACAGACACACCGGAUCCAGCACUAGAGCAUCCCAUGUCGGCUCGGGUGAUUCAAAUUCUUGAGGCAUAUGCCAAAUUUUACAGCAAAACAGGCAAAGAGCAGCCAAUUAUGGUGAUUGCAAGCAACCUAAACCCUAUCGAGGUCAUGGCCAUGGCUGAGCUUGGCUGUCAGCAUGUCACCAUUACAGGGGGGAAUAUGAAAGCUCUUCUAGAGACUCCUGAUAGCCUCCCGCCAGUUACCACAUCGAAGCCGACCCAUCCGUAUGCGGGUCUCACCACAGCGGAGAGAUUGAAGUGUUUGUCGCGCGUCGAUUCACUUUCCCCAGCGGGCUGGAGGGAUAUCUUGGCGUUAGGAGCAACGGAUUAUCUCGCAAACAAUGGAAGUGCCCUGGAUCAAGCUAUAAAAGCAGAUGGGUUUGUAGCGAAGGGCAUUCAAGAUGCGAUGGAUUGGUUCAUCGAAGCCGAGGAAAUUGCAAAGGAGGCUAUUGAAAGGGAGAUCUUAUUGAAGAAGGAGUCUGUCGGUGUGCACUAA